AUGUUUUCUCUUCACAAUGAUUCUGAACCUCAUCCCCCCAAAUCCUCAACCUCACACCCCGGCCCCUCCCUCCCCCUCUACUCCCUCUCCCUCCAAGGCCAGGUCGCCGACAAUCUCCCGCCACCGGAGGCGACCGCGAAGCUCCUCCUCUCGACCUCGAUCUCAAAGCUCCGCCUCUACGGCGCCGACCCCGCCAUCCUCAAAUCCCUCGCCGGCACCAACAUCUCCGUCGUCAUCGGCGCCGCUUACGGAGACAUUCCAACCGUCGGCAACGAGGUUUUAGAAUCCAAUGACCCCUCCCUCUCCUCCCAGCUCCUUCCUGCCAUGCAAAAUCUCCAAAAUGCCCUCUCCGCCUCGCUUCCGGUGAAAGCCUCCACCGUCAACACGAUGGCGGUGCUCGCGGCAUCGGAGCCGCCCUUCGCCGGCGCUUUCCACGCGGAGCUGCUCCCUUCUCUUCAAGGAAUCUUCGGAUUCCUUCAGAAAACCGGGUCGCCGUUCAUGAUAAACCCAUACCCGUACUUCGCCUACCGAGACGAUCCGAGGCCCGUACCCGUAUGGCCGUACAAAGGCGACCCCAAUGAGAACGGGGUGAGCGUCGACAACACGAAGGCAUUCAAUGGGAACUUAGUGCAGCAUUUGCGGUCGAUGGUGGGGACGCCGCUGAUGCCGGAAUCGGUGGAUACUUACAUUUUCGCGUUUUACAACGAGGAUUUGAAGCCAGGGCCGGUGUCGGAGAGGUCAUUUGGGUUGUUUCAUCCUGAUCUUUCCAUGACUUACGAUGUUGGGCUUAAGAGGUCUAGUAGCUCAGGCUCGAGGUUUAACCCUUGUUUUUUAGUCAAAAAAAGGGGCAAAUAUGUGCAUCAUGUAGCUAGGGGUCCAUUAGAAUUGAAAGACAAUUUCUUUUCUUCAGUAAGGAAGAAAAAGAAUGAGAAUUUGAAUACAAUCGCUCACCCAAAGGAAUUAGAUGAGGAGUAUCGUAAUAAGAGCUCAGAUUGGAAUAAGUGGAGAAAUGCUACGUCAAUCAGAGUUAUUGCAGCUAUGUUGAUAUCCGAUCUCGUGGCAGUCAUUGUCUCUGCAACUUGUGGCGGCAUUGCCUUCACCUGUACUGGACAACCGGUGAUCACUGGUUAUUUACUAGUUGGAUCUGUUAUUGGACCAGGAGGUUUUAAUUUUGUCAGAGAAAUGGUGCAAGAUGAUGAGGAAGAAGUGUUGGGUCCUCUUGUUUUGAUAAUGAUUUAA